AUGCCUGCCGUCGACGUCGCCUCUGUCCCCGCCGUCUCGGCCAAGGAGACCGCUCAGGCCGUCUCUGUUCUCGAGGACCUUGUCCAGAAACUCAACAUCUCUUCCUCCCAGGAUGAGACCAACGCUGCUGCUGAUAACAUCGCCCACUUCUUCAGCGGCCCCAUCCCCGAGCAGGUUCUGCCUCUCAAGGCCGUUGAGAUCUUCAAGAAGCAGCUCGCAAACAAGAAGGAUGCCGGUGCCCGUCAACGGGCUCUCGACGCUAUCCGCGCCGUUGCCGCUCACCCCACCAUCGACGCUGGCGUUGAACCUCACCUCGUCACUCUCUUGGGUCCUGUUCUCGCCGCUGUCGGUGAUAAGAUGAUCCCCGUCAAGAACGCCGCCCAGGCCGCCGCUCUCGCCAUCGUCCAGGCCGUCAACGGUAACGCCAUCAAGGCCAUCCUUCCCCCCAUCAUCAACUCCCUUGCCAACGCCCAGAAGUGGCAAGAGAAGAUGACUGCUCUUGACUGCAUCAGCACUCUCGUCGAGUCUGCUCCCGCUCCUCUGGCUUACCGCGUCCCUGACCUGAUCCCCGUCGUCUCUGAGGCCAUGUGGGACACCAAGAGUGAAAUCAAGAAGGCCGCCUACAAGACUAUGGAGAAGAUCUGCGGCCUCAUCGUAAACAAGGAUAUCGAGCGCUUCAUUCCCGAGCUCAUCAAGUGUAUCGCCAAGCCUGAGAAUGUUCCCGAGACCGUCCACCUUUUGGGUGCUACCACUUUCGUCUCCGACGUCACUGGUCCUACCCUGGCUAUCAUGGUUCCUCUGCUUGACCGUGGUCUCGUUGAGCGUGAGACUGCCAUCAAGCGUAAGUCUGCUGUCAUCGUCGACAACAUGUGCAAGCUCGUCGAGGACCCCCAGAUUGUCGCUCCUUUCUUGCCCAAGUUGAUGCCCGCCCUUCAGAAGAACUAUGAGACUCUUGCCGACCCCGAGGCUCGUGAGAAGACCAAGCAGGCCUUGGACACCCUCGUCCGUGUCGGUGACGUCAAGGAUGGCAAGAUCCCCGAGAUCUCCACUGCCGGUGACAUCUCCACCGUUGUUGCUAUCCUGAAGGAGAUCCUCCUUCCCAAGUACAAGGCUCAGGUUGAGAAGUCCGAUGCUGUCAUCGAGUAUAUUGCCGCUAUUGCCGGUCAGCUCGUUGACGAGAAGGAGGGCGAGCAGGCUAUCUGGACCGAGAACACUGUCUCCUACCUCAUCGCCAUUGUCGGUGAGGAGUCUGCCAAGCCCACCGCAGAGACUCUCCGCAAGCGUGCCUCCCCUGGAGCUGCCGAGGAGAACGAGGUUCCCUCCGACGAGGAGGAAGGUGAAGAUCUUUGCAACUGCACCUUCAGCUUGGCCUAUGGUGCCAAGAUCCUUCUUAACCAGACUCACCUGCGCUUGAAGCGUGGCCAGCGCUACGGUCUCCUUGGUCCUAACGGUUCCGGAAAGACCACCCUCAUGCGUGCCAUUAACAACGAGCAGCUCGAGGGCUUCCCCAAGAAGAACGAAGUCAAGACCGUGUACGUCGAGCACGAUCUGGAUUCUGCCGAUACUGAACAGACUGUUAUCGGCUGGACCAUGAAGAAGCUUGCCGAUGUUGGCCUUGAUCUCACCCGUGAGACUGUCGAGGCUAAGCUCGAGGAAUUCGGUUUCCUCAAGGAACAGUUUGACAACCCUAUCACCUCUCUCUCCGGUGGUUGGAAGAUGAAGCUUGCUCUUGCCCGUGCUGUGUUCGAGUCUCCCGAUAUUCUCCUGCUCGACGAGCCAACCAACCACUUGGAUGUCAAGAACGUCGCUUGGUUGGAGAACUACCUCUGCAACUCUCCUUGCACUUCCAUCAUUGUCUCCCACGACAGCAAGUUCUUGGACCACGUCAUCCAGCACGUUAUCCACUACGAGCGCUUCAAGCUUAAGCGCUACCGCGGUACUCUUAGCGAGUUCGUCAAGAAGGUUCCCGCCGCUCGCUCCUACUACGAGCUUGGUGCUUCUGAGAUGGAGUUCAAGUUCCCCGAGCCCGGUUUCCUCGAGGGUGUCAAGACCAAGGCCAAGGCCAUUGUCCGUGUCUCCAACAUGUCCUUCCAGUACCCCGGAACUCCCAAGCCUCAACUUACGGAUAUCACCUUCCAAGUCUCUCUUGGCUCUCGUAUUGCCGUCAUCGGUCCUAACGGUGCUGGUAAAUCCACCCUGGUCAACGUUCUGACUGGUGAAUUGAUCCCUACUUCCGGUGAUGUUUACCAGCACGAGAACAUCCGUAUCGCCUACAUCAAGCAGCACGCUUUCGCCCACAUUGAUAACCACCUUGACAAGACUCCCUCCGAGUACAUUCAAUGGCGUUUCCAGACCGGUGAGGACCGUGAGACCAUGGACCGCGCCAACAAGAUCGUCACCGAGGAGGACGAGAAGGCUAUGGACAAGAUCUACAAGAUUGAAGGCACCCUGCGUCGUGUCAUCGGCAUCCAUGCUCGUCGCAAGUUCAAGAACACUUAUGAGUACGAAUGUUCGUUCGCCCUUGGUGAGAACGUCGGCAUGAAGAGCGAGAGGUGGACCCCGAUGAUGAGCAACGACAACGGCUGGAUUCCCCGUAACGAGAUCAUCCAGUCCCACGCUAAGAUGGUUGCCGAGGUUGACCAGAAGGAGGCCCUCGCUAGCGGUCAGUUCCGUCCUCUGGUCCGUAAGGAGAUUGAAGCUCACUGCGCCAACUUCGGUCUCGAUGCUGAGUUGGUCAGCCACUCUCGCAUGCGUGGUCUGUCUGGUGGUCAGCGUGUCAAGGUCGUCCUUGCUGCUUGCUCGUGGCAGCGUCCUCACGUCAUCGUUCUUGAUGAGCCUACUAACUACCUUGACCGUGACUCCCUCGGUGCUUUGUCCAAGGCUAUCAAGACCUUCGAGGGUGGUGUUGUCAUCAUCACCCACUCUGCCGAGUUCACUGAAAACCUGACUGAGGAAGUCUGGGCCGUCAUGGAUGGUAAGAUGACUCCUUCCGGCCACAACUGGGUUCAGGGCCAGGGUAGCGGUCCCCGCCUCCAGGAGAAGCAGGGCGAUGAAGAGAUCGUCGACGCCAUGGGUAACAAGACUGUCGUCGAGAAGAAGAAGAAGCUUACCUCCGCUGAAUUACGUAAGAAGAAGAAGGAAAGGAUGGCUAGGCGCAAGAGGGGAGAGGAGGUCUUUUCUGAUGAGGAUGAUUUCUGA